UGAUUAUUUAUAACUGCCUAAGCGGAGUGAGUGCUCCGUUUGACCCGUGAUGACAUGGAGAGGUUGGGAUGAUGAAGAUGACGUCAGUGCCAGAGUUCUGAGGUGUGUGUGUGUGUGUGUGCGUGUGUGUGUGUGUGUGUGUGUGAGAGAGAGAGAGAGAGAGAGAGACAGAGAGAACGGGGACUCGGACAGCACUGAGCCCGCACAGGGUUUAUCAGCUCCGGAUUGCUUUAACAUUGUAGGAAGCUGCACUUUUCAUUUUUACUUGGAAACGUUUUAUAGCCUAGAAGACGAUCAGAAUAUAGUUCGUUUCUUCAGUGUGAUAUUUACUCAUUAACACUGAACAGAGGCGUCUAUCAGUACAAGGACAGUCACUCUUAUCCCGUCUCCAGAGCUGUCCGGCGAGCUCGGAUUGUCGGUGGAACUGGCACUACGGCCAUUACCGGGUAUUUUUUGGUGGUGCGCACGACGUAACCGACGCAUAACGGACAUCUUUACGGUGUGGGAUAAAUCCCUGCAGUCCAGCGGUGAUGAGUUUCAGGAGCACGGAGAGUUGGCGCUGCGUUAACGGCACUUGCGCGGAGAAAGUUGAGCCCUUCCCGCCGCCGCUCUCUUCCACCUUCGCGCUCAUCCUCCUCGGCGUCGCGAUCGUCGGCAUCGUGGCGUUGUCUCUCACCACGCACCACUGCCACAAAGGCAAAAUGAAGAGGCGGAAGAUCCAGCGAGCUCAGGAGGAAUAUGAGAGGGAUCAGCUCAGCCCUGUCCCGGCUGCAAGAAAAGCAGAUCGCUGCGUGAUCGCGCGUCCUGCCGCCGGAUGCACUGAACCUGGCCGUCAUGAUCCCGCCGCUUUAUCCGCGCACACCGGAGCUGUGGAGGCCGGAGUCCUCGAGGCUGUAGCUGUAUCACGAUAACAAGCGAAUCUAAAACUAUAUGGGACUUGUAUAUGUCCUGGAUGCAUUGUGAAACACCCAUGCCGCUCCGUAUUACUCAUCACAUACGUGGGACAUGUCUGCAUUUUCCGUUUUUUUCUCCUCUAUAGGAAAAGGAGUUAAAAAAACAAAAAAAAACAACAAAAAAAGACCCAACACUCAUUUAGGCUAUGUGAAUAUGUUUCCCCUGCUUUCAAUAUAUUCAAUAGCCAUCUAUAUAUCUAUACUGCACUGUGUGUGGACAUUAAUGCUGUAAAGAAGUUGAACAUCAGGCCAGCUGUGGACCGAAAUGAAGCUCAUCAGCCUUGAGCUGCAGUUUUCCCGAUCGCUGCUGUCCAAGGUGCUGAUCAUAUGAUACUCCAUUGAUUUGCCUCCGGCGUUUCUGAUGGACAAAUGAAGUUUUUUAUGUAAUACGAAUUGAAACAAACUCCUUUUGAAUCCACUGAAGGGCUGUACUGUAUGAAAAAAAAACUGUACUGUUUUUUGCCUGCACUUGCAUAAAGAGUGAGAAACUGGAGAGAGCUCCUGACAAGUCAUGGUUAAAAUCAUGUGAAUUGUUCUGACUCAUUUAUAUGUUUCCUUGGUCAUUAAUUAGUCAUAUGUCAUUUUAGAAGUCAGCUUACGCAGAGUGUCAAACAGCAAUUAUACCAAACUUAUAUAAUAAGAAGUCAUUUGUACAUGACAUGUGUACUAAAGUAUAACCUGCCUUGGCAGCACACUUGACCGGUUAAAAGAAAUGAAAGGAUUAUAGAGUGUAGUGUUGAAAGAAAUAAUAUAAAGUUUUACUGUUGUUUUUCUGUUUUUUGUUUUGUUUUGUUUUGUUUUUUUUUUUGAAUAUUUUAUAGUGUAGUAAUGGAAGCUAGCUAUUGUAGUUGCAAAUUAUUCAUGUUAAAUAAAGGUUAUUAAACUAUGCACUUGGUAAAUUAUUCAUUAUGGAUUUCUGCCAUGGAAAUCCCACAUAGUCAAAAAGAAAAAUGUGUGCUGAAAUUUGCCUGAUACAUACACAUAUCCAUCCAUCCAUCCAUCCAUCCAUCCAUCCAUUCAUUUUCUGUACCUCUUAUCCUACACAAGUUCCUGGGGGAUCCUGGACCCUAUCCCAGGGGACUCGGGGCAGAAGGCAAGGGACAGCCUGGAUGGGAUACCAACACAUUACAGGGCCGUAUACAUAUCUAAAAGGGUCAAUCUAGAAUCCUUAAGGGUUCAUCGGUUGUACAUCUGGGAGAACCCACAAGGUUCUAUAGGACUAUAGAACUCUACAACUGAGUUAGAGAAAGUUCCAAAUAGAACCUUUAGUUGUAUAGUUCACUAAUAAUCUGUUUGA